AUGAAUUCAAAGAAGACGUUAGAAGACGUUCACCUCCCUACGAACCCAAAUAUCCCUGCGUGGCUUAUAACCCCGAAAGAGGAAAAAUUAAUCUACGAAAGAUGGAGAAAGAAGGCACACGUUCAUUGCGAUGAUUUGAUUAGACAGUACAUUGAAUGCUCCAACCGGUUCAAAAAUCCAAUCGAUGGGAUGAGGGAGUGUAAGGGAAUAAACAGUGAUAGAGAGUCGUGCCUCAAGCAGUUCCAGAAAGAUAAUGUUUUGGACAACGAAAGGAAUCUGUAUAUUGAAGAGAAGAUAGAGAUGAAGAAGAUCAUCGAUGAGUAUGUAAAGAAGAGGGAUGGUUAA